CGAAUUCGUCACAUUUUAACAACUUACAACUACUUCUCUGGUUAUAUCAGCCACUGAUCCAUACUUUCCCCACAUCACCAAGCUCCCUAUAACCAACAUGAUCUUCCAGUCCUUACGAGGCAAAUCCCCAGGCCUCAAACCAAGCUCCAAACGAUUCUCCUGCCCCUGCUGCGGCACACUAUCCUACUAUUCCGAUCUCAAAGAUCCACUCACAGAUGACCUCAACGACCGCGACGUACCCGAGCUCGACUAUUCCGACAAUGCCGACCCAGAUUCCGACGACGUCUCGGACGACUCAGACUUAGAAUACCUCGUCGACCCAAUCGCCGAGCGCCCGCUCCCCAGAAUCAAGAUCUACCCGCCCCCGUCGUCACACGGCAGAACUAGGACGCAUUCUCGUACGUCGUCCACUCAGAGUCAUGACAGCAUGUCGUUCAAGCCCACCACCGACGACGACGACGUCGUCGUGGGCAUCAAACACGACCUCAAGCCCGCACUGAGAUCCCGCAAAAGCCACAAGCACCACCACCAUCACCACAAGCACCAACCCAAUCACCACGACCACAACAAUCCCAAAACCAAAACCACCUCAACCUCCAACUACAAAUACACACACCACUCCCCCUCACCCCCCAAAAUGGCCCGCAACAACGAACCCCCCACCCCCCUCCCGCACUUCCGCAAAGGCACCGCCAUCUACAAAGACAGUCUCAGCGGCCGCAAACCCGCCACGGAGCGACGCUCCAAGUCCCCCGACUCCAUCGCAGACAUCGGGCCUCCCUCCGCGGAAGACCGCCUCAUGAGCCGCACUCUCGACGCGCUGUGGGAUCGGUUCGCGAGGGAGUAUGCUCCGCAAUGCAAGGACUUCGUGGGGCGUCGGCCUCGAGAUGUGGUGGGGAGGGCGCUAAAGGAGAGGACGAGGUUGACGGAGGAGUUGACGCAGAUUCUUUGCCUGGUUCCGACGGAUGCUAUUGCGGAUGCUGAGGUGAGGGACCGGCGGAAGCGGUUGAUCAAUUUGAUUCAGGGGUGGUUGGAUAUUGUGGCGGAGGUUAAGUGAUGAUGGUGAUGAGAGAUUGGGUUAUACGAACCCAAUUGAUUUGUUACGUUGAUGCAACUAAGUGUGGUUCUCUAACUAGCUGGACUGGUGUGAGAAAGAUGUUGUCGAAAGGUUAUCAAAAGUUGAUGUUGUUCCGUUAUUGGACUUUGUCAAAUUUCUUAUCACACACCAUUUCCUUAGCACAGCAACACUGCCACUCAGAUCUCUUUUAUUGUUUCCCGUUCUGUCAACUCAGUUAUAAUUCGAUUGAAUAGGGAAAGAAAUAUACACAGUCCCUCUACCUAGCAAUAAUGUAUAAUAACUUUAACAUAACAAAGC